GACAGGAGGAGGAGGACAGGAGGAGCCGGGAGGAGGGUGCUGCUGCUGGAGGGACAUUCACUCAUUGUUACCAACUCGAGGAGCGGCGGAGACCCCGUCGCUACACGUGAAUUUUCGGCACAACAUUCAGAUCGCAGGCUGCACGUCAUCUCCCUCUGGAGCUGUCAUCGAUAUUUUCUCCAGAAGCGUCCUCGCUGCUGUCCAUCGAGGCAGGAGAGGGAGGAGGGUGAGCCGCGCAGCCACGGCGCAGCGUCUUAAAGGACCACAGCAUCUUUGGGGUGAUGGAGGUCUUGUGACGCGCUGCUGCCUCUGACCGGAAUCACCACGGUGAUGGAUGCCGCCAGCUUCAACCAUGGCCGUGUUGGAUUACGCUGCCCGGCCCAGACUGUUCCUCUGUGAGCUGCAGAAGAGGAAGACAGACCGUGUUGGACACUCCUCGAGCCUUGUGAUUUCCCUUUCCUGUUGAAUGAGCCAGAUGCUAACGGGGCUCAACCCCUCGUCCUAACCACCUUCCCCUGGGUCUUUCCUCGUUCUCCUGCUCUACGGACCGGUCAUGGAUCUCCUGUGGGUGCUGUCGGUGUCCAUGUUGACGGCGUGCGUCGCCAUCCCCAUGGAUGCGGCGGCGGGGAGCCACAGUCUGUUCACCUGCGAGCCCAUCACCCUGCGCAUGUGCCAGGGGCUGCCCUACAACGCCACCUUCAUGCCCAACGUGCUAAACCAUUACGACCAGCAGACGGCGGCCCUCGCCAUGGAGCCGUUCCAUCCUAUGGUGAACCUACAGUGCUCUCCGCAGCUCAGGAUGUUCCUGUGCGCGCUCUACGCUCCGGUGUGUACAGAGUACGGGAGGAUGACUCUGCCCUGUCGCCGCCUCUGUCUGCAGGCCAAGAGCGACUGCUACAAACUGAUGGACAUGUUUGGUGUCAGCUGGCCACAGGAGAUGGACUGCAACAGGUUCCCAGACUGUGACGAGUCCUACCCCCGUCCUGUAGACCUCCUGUCCAGCUUGGAAACAACCGAAUCCCCCGUCUCCGUCCAGCGGGACUACGGCUUCUGGUGUCCAAGAGAGCUCAAAAUCGACCCCGAGUUCGGCUACUCCUUCAUGGGGGUCCGCGACUGCUCUCCCCCGUGUCCCAACAUGUAUUUCACACGUGAAGAGCUGGCGUUUGCCCGCUACUUCAUCGGGGUGGUGUCCAUCGUCUGCCUGUCCGCCACUCUCUUCACCUUCCUGACUUUCCUCAUCGAUGUAUCCCGCUUCCGCUACCCAGAGCGUCCAAUUAUAUUCUAUGCUGUGUGCUACAUGAUGGUGUCCCUGGUGUUCUUCCUGGGGUUUCUGUUGGAGGACAAAGUUUCCUGUAAUGCAGCGAGUCCUGGGAGGUUCAGGGCUUCAACAGUGACCCAAGGCUCCCAUAACAAGGCCUGCACCCUUCUCUUCAUGGUGCUGUAUUUCUUCACCAUGGCUGGCAGCGUCUGGUGGGUCAUUCUGACCAUCACCUGGUUCCUGGCUGCUGUUCCCAAGUGGGGCAGUGAGGCAAUAGAGAAGAAGGCUCUACUCUUUCACGCCUGUGCCUGGGGCAUCCCCGGUGUCCUCACAGUUAGCCUGCUCGCCAUGAACAAGAUCGAAGGAGACAGCAUCAGCGGGGUUUGCUUUGUCGGGAUGUACAACUUGACGGCUCUGCGUUGGUUCCUGCUGGCCCCACUGGGACUGGACGUAGUGGUUGGCGUGGCACUGCUGCUGGCAGGCAUCGCAGCACUAAACCGAGUCCGCAUGGAGAUCCCACUGGAGAAGGAGAACCAGGAGAAACUGGUGAAGUUCAUGAUUCGUAUCGCCGUGUUCUCCGUGCUCUACCUGGUCCCCCUGCUGGCCGUUCUUGGCUGCUACCUGUAUGAGAACAGCUACCGAGCCAUCUGGGAGACGACCUGGGUCCAGGAGAAGUGUAGAGACUACCACAUCCCCUGCCCCUACCAGAUACACAGCCUCCAGUUUCCGCGCUGCAGACGACCGGCUGCCCUACGGAAGCAUGCCUCGCCUCAACGACCAAUCGCAGUCGAGACAGUGCAGCACCAAUCGCCUGGACAGCCUAUCGCGCCACGGCUCCACACAGCGACUGGAGAGCCAAUCGCGGCACAGCAGCGUCAGGGACCUGAGCAGCGUCACCCAAGCUGUUCUCGGUGUCCCUGGUAACGGGAUCCACAGGGUCCUGGAGGAGGACGGAGCUACGGCCUGAACAGGAACCCAACUGCAUACUUCCGAAGAAGCUGUGUCAGAUGGGUAGAAGGGAAAGUAGGAAAGAAUGUGAGGGGAUCCACAGUGAGCGACAGAACGCAGACACUGUGACACCCGCUCCCGUUGAACUCAGAGCUGAAGCUCAGCGCUCCAGUUUACUGAUGAAGUUAGAUUAGAGCUACAUCCGGCCAUAUGUAGAGGACUGAGUGUGGAUCGAUGCCUUAAACCGUCCUCUCAGCUUUACUCCACCUACUAGCUGAUCCAAAAACUAAAGUUCAAAAUGAUUUUUGUCCAGUUUACAAAACUACGAUGGACUCUGGUCCUGAUGGUGACCUGUGGAUAGCAAACACUGGAAAAUGAUGACAAUGCUGCACUGUUGGACCUACGUUACUGAGCCAAGAACAAAGUGUGACCAACACUGUCAGACUGCACUAGAUCAGUUUUUUACUUGUACUGUAUUGUUUGUAUAAAGGACUCUGAACAGGAUCUGAAUGACGGGACACAUCACGAGUCUUCUCUACUAGUCUGUGCUGUUCAGCACUCGGGAGAGUGGAAGCAGGGUACUUUUUAAAGAAUUUACCAGCUACAUUUCAGCUGUUUUUCACUCUUCCGCUGCUGACGUCUCCAUUCUUUUUCAAAUUGUAACUUAACCUGUUAAAAACCCUAUUUAUAAAGGCAUUGUUUCACAGCUACAUUCAAAAUCCAUCCACAUGAAAAGUAAAAGAAGGAGAGAGCCCCUGAACAAGAGCCCUCUCACAUGUUUAAAACAGUUUUUUUAUUGAGGUACUUCACUGCUUCAUGAUGAGAAGAAACAUGUUUGAGGUUUUCCAGGAUUCAAGGGCUGAAAUACGGGAAAGAGCUGAAUCCAAACUCCUGCCUUAUGACUGUGUGUUCAGACAGAAGUAAAUGUUACAGGCUGUGUGAUCGCAUCAAGUCAAUGGAAAGAAUGUGUUAAUGAAUCUGUUUUAGAAAACGUAGCAAGAUGAGGAAGAACUAGAGGCUGGACUGAACACACACUCUCUCACACACACACACACACACACACUCUGUGUCCAGUGCCAGCUAGUUUACAGCGAACAGUCGGUACAGCGGCUGUCUGGAGCGAUAAACGGUGCAGCAGUCGAACUCGCAUUACAGACGCGAGGCAACCAUUGGCUUCUUCUGUCUGAACACACCUUUACAGUUUGAAUAGAUGGUAGUGCGCCCGUAAAUUAGAGUCAAUUUCCAGGUAGUUUGUGCCGUUUAAAAUGUGUCCUUACUUGUAUAGCUGCUGUAAAAUGUUAGACCAACAUUUCCUCUACUGGCAAAACUUGUGAAUAGAUGUG